GAGAAGCUCCGUGCUUCGGGGGUUUUGUCGUCUUUUGUCGCGUUUCUGUUCAUGUUUUUUUCUGGUGCAGUUAUGCAUAGGAUUGUCUAAAGAGAUCCUUUCAUUCAUUUGAAGAGCAGAAGACUGGUUUCACAUAACUUAUUUCAAAUAAAACAGACAAGGCACUCUCUCAAAAUGAUGACCGCCAGAGAACGAUGGCGAGUUUACAAGCGCAUCAGCUUCAUGUUCUUCCUGGCUGUAGUCACGCUUACUGUGGUCCAGAAAGGAAACAUCAUGUCGAUGCAAGACUUCCAGAGCGGCAGAAUCGAGAGACAGGCGCGGAUGGAGCUCAUGGCGGAAGGCGACAAAAAAGACUCGAUUAGCGUCAACUUCUGGAAGAGCGUUCAAAGAGUGGAGUCCACCACAGAAGGGGUGAGAUUAACCCAAAAGCAAGGCCCCACGACGUGGGACGUCACCAGCUCCAACUGCAGCGUCAACCUCAACUUCUCUUCCUUGGAGUGGUUCACGGGUCUGGAAGCCAACUUCAAGCAAUUCCUGCUCUACAGGCACUGCAGAUACUUCCACAUCCUCAUGAAUCACCCAGAGAAGUGCGCCGGAGAUGUAGACUUGCUGAUGGUCAUCAAGUCGGUAAUAACACAGUACGAUCGAAGGGAGGUCAUACGGAAAACCUGGGGCAAAGAACAAGUGAUCGACGGGAAAAGAAUCAAGACCCUUUUCCUUCUCGGAACGUCUUCCAACGAGGAAGAGCGGGCGAACCAUCAGAAGCUUCUGGAAUACGAGGAUUACAUCUACGGAGACAUCCUGCAAUGGGACUUCAUGGAUAGCUUCUUCAACCUGACCCUCAAGGAGAUCCACUUCCUCAAAUGGUUCUCCAUCUACUGCGGAAACACCCGCUACAUCUUCAAAGGCGACGACGACGUGUUCGUCAGCGUUCCCAACAUCUUGGAGUAUCUGGAAGUCAGCAAAGACUUGAAGGACCUCUUUGUCGGCGACGUUCUCUUCAAAGCCAAGCCCAUUCGCAAAAAGCAGAACAAGUAUUACAUCCCACAAGCUUUGUAUAACAAGACGCUCUACCCGCCGUACGCCGGCGGAGGCGGUUUCCUGAUGGAUGGACCUCUGGCUCGGAAACUCUACAGAGCUUGCGAAACUCUCAAACUCUAUCCCAUCGACGAUGUGUUUCUGGGAAUGUGUCUGGAGGUGCUUCAGGUGACCCCAAUAAGGCACAACGCUUUCAAAACCUUUGGGCUGGUGAAGAAUAAAACCAGUCGACUCAACAGGGAGCCGUGUUUCUUUAAGAGCAUGCUAGUGGUACAUAAACUGCUCCCGCCGGAUUUGAUAGACAUGUGGAAACUGGUCAACAGUGACUUGAUCUGUUCGCAGAAAAUGGACUUCUUAUAGUCCCAGACUUUCUGAAUCUGAAAGAGGUCAGAAUUCGUUCGUAAAUGAAGCAAACGGAAUGAAGGGUCUGCGGAGAGAACUUGCUCGAAGACAAUACGUUCUCCUUUUUUGAGGAGAUUUCUGGACAAUGUUUUAACUUAAUUUAUGUACCAAAUGACAUGGUAUGCAAUUUGGAUAAUGUGAAUAAUAUGUAAAGGAUUCAUUUUUCACUAGUUUUUUAUUUUAUUUUGAACAUCAAG